AUGCUUGGCUAUGACGAAUUUUUUCCUAUUCAAACGAAAUAUGCAACUGGCACUUCACCGUACUCAGUAGCUGUUGGUGAUUUCAACCACGACACACGACUAGAUAUUGUAGUUGGUAAUAGGGAUAGCAACACUGUAGGUGUACUUUUGGGAUAUGGAAAUGGUUCUUUCGCUGAUCAGAUGACAUAUUCAACUGGCUCUUACCCACACUCUGUAGCUGUGGGUGAUUUUAACAACGACAACCAUCUGGAUAUCGUCGUCGCUAAUAGACAUGACAACAGUAUAAGUGUUCUUCUCGGAUAUGGUGAUGGCUCCUUUGCAAAUCAAACGACACUUUCAACUGGCUCUACGCCACGAGCUGUAGCUGUUGGUGAUUUUAACAACGACACUUAUCUGGAUAUCGUCGUCGCUAAUGCUGGUGACAAUAUUCUCAGUGUACUUCUCGGAUACGGUAAUGGCUCUUUUGCAAAUCAAACGACAUAUUCCACUGGCUCUUGGCCAGUCCCUGUAGCUGUUGGUGAUUUUAACAACGACACUCAACUGGAUAGCGUCGUCGCUAAUUUUGAUGACAACACUAUUAGUGUACUUAUCGGAUAUGGUAAUGGCUCUUUCGCGAAUCAAACGAAAUAUUCAACUGGCUCUGCCCCAAUAGCUGUAGCUGUUGGUGAUUUUAAUAAUGACAGCCAACUGGAUAUCGUCGUUGUUAAUCGGGAUGACAACACUGUAAGUGUCCUUCUUGGAUAUGGAAAUGGCUCUUUUGCAAAUCAAACGAAAUAUACAACUGGCUCUUACCCACAAGCUGUAGCUGUUGGUGACUUUAACAACGACACCCAACUGGAUAUCGUCGUUACUAAUUUUGGUGGCAACACUGUAAGUAUCCUUCUUGGAUAUGGCAAUGGCUCUUUUGCAAAUCAAACGACAUAUUCAACUGGCUCUGACCCACAAGCUGUAGCUGUUGGUGAUUUUAACAACGACAGUCGACCGGAUCUCGUCGUCGCUAAUUUUAAUGACGACACUGUAAGUGUACUACUUCGGUAUGAUAGAGGAGCUCUGAAAGAUAAAAUUACAUUUGCGCCUGCCGAUGGUUCUCGUUUGCGAAGCUUUGCCAUUUUUGAUUUCAAUAAUGAUAGCCUAUUGGAUAUUGCCGUUGUCAAUUAUGGUACGAAUAACAUAGGUGUCCUUCUUGGAUAUAAGAAUGGCACUUUUGGAAAUCAAACGGUGCUCUCAACAGGCUUAAAUUCUCAUCCUGACUCAAUCGCUAUCC